CGCUACCUAACUCGAGCCGCCAUUGCAAAUCUACCUGCCACAUUCUCAGCGGACAGAACCGAAUACCUUCUACCUUCCAAACCGCACGGUCCGACGCGACCCCAGCAUCCAGUAUGGUUCACAAAGUCCUCUUCUGGAGCGGCUUCGGCAUUGCCGUCCGACUCUGGCAACUCGGCAUUGAGAUGCGCCCGCUCUUCGUCAAGGAAUCCCUCUGGGCCUACCCCCUCUUCGCUGGCAUCGGCGGUAGCUUCGGAUACUGGAUCCAGGGCAUUGAACAACGACAACUCCAAAUCCUCGCACAGCAAAAGGAAGCUAUCCUCGAGAAGCGACGACGACGAGAUGAGGGCCUGAGCAAGGUGGAAGAGGCGGGUACCUUGGCUGCGACAUCGUGAGAGAUGCUGUACGAUUCUGCUUGUGUUUAUAUCAUAUUCGUUCGCCUACUUUAUGCUUAAGACACCGUGUGGGUGGAUCGAAGUGACGGACGGGUUCUUUCUUCGGAGAUAGAGAGUACAUGUGUACUUGUACCAAAAUACAAAGAGUUGAUUCCG